AUGGAGCUUGGAGAGCUGAAACACUUUUCGGGCCUCAAGAUUGAUCGGACAAAGGAAGGAUUAUUCCUAUGUCAACGUAAGUAUGCACGAGAUCUCUUGAAGAAGUUCGGGAUGCUCGGUUGCAAGCCUAUAUCUACUCCAUUGGAUGGGAAUGCAAAGCUAUGUGUUGAUGAAGGUCGAGAGUUAGAAGAUUCGACCAUGUACAAGCAACCGGUAGGUAGUCUAAUUUACCUUACCAUAACUCGACCCGAUAUCGCUUUUGCAGGGGGAGUAGUAAGUCGAUUUAUGGAGAAGCCACGGAAGCCUCACUUGGAUGCAGCCAAGCGUAUCCCGAGGUAUGUAAAGAAGACGUUUGAUUUUGGCCUUUUGUACAAGAAAGUCUCAUCGGGUAAGUUGGUCGGUUCUUGCAAUGUCGACUUUGCUGGAGAUCAAUACACAAGGCGCUCGACUACUGGAUACUCAUUUAAUCUUGGAUCAGCAGUAGUAUCCUGA